AUGGAUAGGAUUAUAUGUUGGAACGUCCGAGGGAUCAAUAGCCAGCAUAAGAAAAAUGCAGUAAGGCAAUUUAUUGUCAACCAGAAAGCUGGUUUAGUUGGUCUUCUUGAGACGAGAGUUAAGGCUCCGAAGCUUGGAGCCCUGUAUGUACAUAUGUUCUCAGGUUGGUGCUUCACAACUAACAGUGCGUGGCACAAAGGAGGAAGAAUUAUAGUUGCUUGGAAUCCUUUGAGAUUCAAUGUAAGUAUACUCAGCUGCUCAAAUCAGCUUAUUCACUUGUUUUUUGCUACUGUGGAUAAUAAACAUAGAUUUUUCACUACAUUUGUAUAUGGCUUUAAUGAUGAAGAGGGAAGGAAAAGUUUGUGGAAAAGUUUACAGGAAUUGGCUAGAGCAGAUCCCUGGGUAGUGCUUGGGGACUUUAAUGAUAUCCUGAACAGAGAUGAAAGAAUUGGUGAUAGAGUUAGACACAACUCUAAUAAUGAUUUCAUGAAUUGUGUCUCUUAUUGCCAACUGGAAGAUGUUAAAUUCAGUGGGAAUUUCUUUACUUGGAGUAAUAAGCAGCAUGGAUCAGAUAGAAUCUACUCCAAGAUUGAUAGAGUUCUGGAAAAUCAAGCGUGGAUGGAUAGCUUUACAACUGCUGAAGCUAUUUUUCUGAAUGAAGGUAUUUUUUAUCACACUCCAGCAAUUUUAACUGUGCAUUCUGAUAUUUCUAGUGGUAAGAAGCCGUUCAAGUAUUUUCGGAUGUGGUCUUCACAUCCUCAUUACCACCAAGAAGUGAGUAGGGUGUGGCAUCAGACUGUUAAAGGGACUAAAAUGUUCCAAGUUGUGACUAAGCUUAAAGACCUUAAGGCUAUCUUUAAAGACCUGAACAAGGUGGGUUUUUCAGCGAUUCAUAUGGCAAAUUUGCAAGCUAGAGAGAAGCUUAAUGAAUGCCAGAACAAGCUGCAUAGAGACCCUUUGAAUGUAGAUAUGCAGUAUCAGGAGUUGGAAGCUAGAAGGCAUUAUGCUGGGGUGCAUAAAGAUUACUGCUCAUUCUUGUCCCAAAAGUCUAAGGUUACCUGGGUAAAAGAAGGUGACGAAAAUUCUGCUAUUUUUCACUCCAGUAUCAAGGAAAGAAGAUGUCAAAACAGGAUAUAUUCUAUUUCCAAUGCAGAAGGGAACAGAGUGGAGGAUCCUGCUGGUGUUAUUGAAGCAUUUCUAUCCUAUUAUCAGUCUUUAUUGGGCACUCAAAUGGAGAAUAGACAACCAGUUAAAGCUUCAAUAAUGGCUCAAGGACCUAUGAUUUCUAGACAGCAGGCAGAUCUGUUGUUAGCCGAUUUUUCUAAAGAUGACAUUAAAAAUGUUGUGUUUAGAAUUCCUGGCAUCAAAGCUCCAGGACACUUGCUAAAAGAGCUUAACUCUACAGUUAUUACCCUUAUUCCUAAGUGCAAAUGUCCUAAUACUGUAAGUGAUAAUCGCCCGAUAGCUUGCUGCAAUGUCUUAUACAAAGUAGCUACAAAGCUGAUUUGCAGUAGACUUAAAGUCAUUCUUCCCGAUCUUGUGGCUCAAAAUCAAGGGGGGUUCAUUAAAGGCAGGUACUCCCUAAUGUUUAAUGGAUCUAUGCAUGGAUUCUUUGCAGCAAAGAGAGGCUUGAGACAAGGGGAUCCAAUGUCUCCCUUACUUUUUGUUCUUGGGAUGGAAUACUUGAGUAGAAUUAUGCAGAAAGUUGGGGAGAAGGAAGAUUUUCAGUUUCAUGAAAGGUGCAGUGAUUUAAAGCUUAAUCAUCUAAGCUUUGCUGAUGAUGUGUUGCUGUUCUGCAAAGGUGACUUCAAGAGCAUAUAUUUAAUGUUGCAGGGGUUAAAGUUGUUCUCAAAUUCCUCUGGUCUGAACCCAAACAUAAAAAAAAUAGUCAUUUACUGCAGUGGAAUGAGUGAAGAGGAGAUUAGAAGAGUGCUUGAUGUAUCAGGUUUCAGUAGAAAUGAUAUCCCGUUUAAGUAUCUUGGUAUUCCCAUCUGUGCCAAGAGAAUCUCAGCUGCUGAAUGCAAAAUAUUGAUUGAGAAGAUGAUAGCUCGAAUCAAGACCUGGAGUUCCAGAAACUUAUCUUUUGCAGGUAGAUCAGAUUUGAUUAAUUCUGUGCUUCUGUCUAUCCAUGCCUACUGGAGUCAAAUCAUGAUUCUACCUAAGAAGCUUGUAUCUGAAAUUGAAAGCAUUUGUAGAAGCUUUCUCUGGAAGGGGCAGAGCAAUAUGAUUGGGUCCGGAAGCGUGGCCUGGAAGAAGCUGUGUAAGCCUAAGAAGGCUGGAGGAAUUGGCUUUAUGAGCAUUUCAAAGUGGAACCGAGCAUCUUUGAUUAAAAAUGUCUAG